ACAACCACAACUCUAUAGAAAAAACACGCCGACACGCCGCACGCGUUCUCCGAUCUAACUCCUAACGAGCAGACUGCAAUAUUUCUAGGCUCUACGAUGACGGAUGUUAAGCAACAACCCAAAAUCAAAAAGGAUCCGGCCAAGAACCCUAUGAGGGAGGUCAGGAUCCGCAAACUGUGUCUUAACAUUUGCGUCGGUGAAUCUGGGGACAAACUUACCCGUGCCGCUAAGGUCUUAGAACAGUUGACUGGCCAAACGCCAGUUUUUUCUAAGGCUCGCUACACUGUGCGCAGCUUCGGUAUCAGAAGAAAUGAAAAAAUCUCUGUCCAUUGCACUGUAAGAGGAGCUAAGGCUGAAGAAAUCCUUGAGAAAGGAUUGAAAGUUCGUGAAUACGAAUUAAAGCGACGCAAUUUCUGUGAUACUGGAAACUUUGGUUUUGGUAUCCAAGAACAUAUUGAUCUUGGUAUCAAAUACGAUCCCAGCAUUGGAAUCUACGGUCUUGACUUCUUUGUAGUACUCUGCAGGCCAGGAUUCAACGUAGCCCACAGAAGAAAAAAGACUUCAAAAGUUGGCUUCCAACACAAGCUUACAAAGGAAGAUGCCAUGAAAUGGUUCCAGGCUAAAUAUGAUGGUAUCAUUCUAUCAAAAUAAACUUGCCUGUUAGUGUAUUUUAUGUCAUAUAAUAAAUAAGAAAAUAUUUUUAAUUAUUUUUAAA